UCUUCUGGUCCUGCGAGGGGAGACUAAUUCCAGGGCUCUUGGCAUGCAGCCACAGCAGAGGAGGCCCCUCUCCAGGGCAGGCUCCAGGCCUGAGCUAACUGCACUGUGCAUUGUCAGGUGCUGGGGUGGGGCCUCAGUCACUUCUCAUAACCAGAGUGCAGGCCCACCCAGCCAUCAAGGCUUCACAGGGUGGUGCCAGGCUGACGGCAGGGGAGCUGAAGCAAAAAGUACUCACCCUUUGGGCCAAGGUCUGUGUUACCUCCUUUAGCCAGUGUGCAGGGCACACCCGUGCCAGCAGAGCCAUCAGGGAUGUGUAAUUUCCACUUCAUCCAGGAGUGCCUGAUCAGAAUGGCUAUGGGAUGGUUCUGUCUGCCUUUCUGUGCACUAUGGCUCCUGGGCUCGAUGUGCAUCCUCUUCACCAUCUACUGGAUGUGCUACUGGCAUGGAGGCUUUGCCUGGGAUGACACCAUUUUUAUGUUCAACUGUCAUCCGGUGCUCAUGGUUGCUGGCAUGGUGGUGCUCUACAGUGCUGCUUCACUGGUGUACCGCCUGCCUUGGUCAUGGGUGGGACCCAAGCUGCCCUGGAAGUUUGCCCACGCGUUCCUGCACCUGACAGCCUUCAUCCUGACCGUCCUGGGGCUGGUGGCCGUCUUCAGGUUUCACAACCAUAAAAACACUCCCAACCUCUAUUCCCUGCACAGCUGGCUGGGCAUCACCACCGUCUUCCUCUUUGCCUGCCAGUGGUUCCUGGGCUUUGCCGUCUUCCUGCUGCCCUGGGCGUCCCUGAGGCUGCGCAGCCUCCUUAAACCCAUCCACGUCUUCUUUGGAGCCUCCAUCUUAUCUCUGGCCAUUGCGUCUGUCAUUUCCGGCAUUAAUGAGAAGCUCUUCUUCAGUCUGCAAAAUGCCACCAACCUGUACUCCAGUCUGCCUAGUGAGGCUGUCUUUGCCAACAGCACUGGGAUGCUGGUGGUGGUCUUUGGGCUGCUGGUGCUAUAUAUCCUUCUGGCUUCAUCUUGGAAAUGCCCAGAACCGGAGAUCCUGACGGAAAGACAGCCCCUGUUGCAUGAUGGAGAAUGAAGCAAGAAAGGGGUGCUGGGAGCCAUCAGUGGUAUGGUCUGGACUCCUCUCAAAAGCUCUGCUCUACCUGGGGCUCCGUCUGUUUCAGCAGCAGACUUGCUUUGGUCUCUCGGCUAAGACCUCUCUCCUGCUCUCUGAAGUCAUGCUGGUUUCCUCUUCAGGCCCCUAGGGUUGUGGCACAAAAUCCUCACAGCCCAGAUAAGCACUUGAGUGCAAUCUGCAGUGUGAAAAGUGCAGGAGGUGACUGUCCCUCAGCUUUCCCAUUGAAGGCGUGCAUUUGAUUUACGCCACCCACCUGCUAUGGGGCAGGCUUCACCUCCACCUGGUGUGUCAUCUCCACCUGGACGUGAGGCCGGGUGGGCCCAUCGUGAGGUGAUGGAACGAGUAGGGAGGGUGGUGGCAGAGCAGCUUCUGCAGAGAAGCCAAGCUGCGGCCCACUCUUUGCUGUUGUCUCAUGUCACCACGUUCUGUGCUUGCACAGUGGCCACUUGGCUCCACAUCUUCUAGAGGCUGCCACAGCUCGGGCCUGGGCCCCAGCCUUUCCCUGACUUACACUGCCAAGCAGCCCAGCAAACCCUGGUAACCUGCUUUCUCAAGAACACACAGUGUGCCCCCAGCUGUCCUGACAGAUGAGUAGCAGGGGUGCCUAGGACUUCCUUUCCUUCUCUCUGGAUCAGGGCUUCCCUGCCUGUCCCCUGGCAGGUUCAGCCUGGCUCUUGGCAGGGCCCUAGCCAGCUAAGUUUCACUCUCCAGCUCACAUGCCAAAGUUGUGCACUGUGCCAGCCGAGCUAAGUUUCACUCUCCAGCUCACAUGCCAAAGUUGUGCACUGUGCCAGCCGAGCUCUGGGAGCCAUGGCCAUCUUCAGAGGUGUCCCUUGCAGAGUGUCAGAGUGCCUUAUCUGCCCCCACAACGGCUGCUUGCCUAGUCAGACCCAGUCUCGUGUGUUAGGCCAGAUGGUGAGCUGCUGUUCCUCUCCACUGGAGAAGCUGGGGUGGAGAGGGAGGAGUCCUGUUCCUCCCCUAAGUGUGCUGCUGCAGCCUUUCCUGCCCUCUCCAAAUGAGCCCUGCCAGGGCCGAGGCCACAUGGCUUAAUGAGCAGCAUGUCACUAACUCCAAUAGGUGGCGAGGAGGCUGACUGUCCACCCCAACCCCAUGUGGCUCUAUGUUGGCAGGAGGGCUGUGACUGAACUUCUGGAGGGGACAGAGCCUUCAGUCAUUGGGAUGACUACUAGGUGCCUUGGUCCCAUGACCAGCUCCCCCUCUUUCCAUAUGAGUAGGCAUUUCACUUGUUUAUGAAGCUUGACUUUCAUUAAUCAUAUUAAGAAUCAAAGCCUUCUCUGCUGAAAUGACAUUGUGGUUAAAUGAGCUCUGGGCAGCUUGUCAAAACCUUGGACAGUCCUGACCCUCAGACCUGGGGAGGGCCAAACCAGAAGGCACUAAAUAUCCAUGAUUGUCCUGGAAUCGUGUGACUCUACAUGUGUGGCUGUCCUCAAUAGUGAAUGGCUUUUGAGCACUUGGUUAUCUCAUGAGGAAAUAAAUAUUUCCUAUUUUAUAAUCUGGA